UGUGUGUGUGUGUGUGUGUGUGUGUGUGUCAGGUGUACGUCUCAGAGAUCUCACACCCCAAAGUGAGAGGCAAAUUGGGAUCCUGUCCCCAGAUGACAGCAGUGUUUGGAGCAUUGGCACUUUAUGGUCUAGGUUUGGUGUUGCAUUGGCGCUGGCUGGCGGUUGUCGGGGAGGUACCGGUGAUGGUGAUGGUGCUUCUGCUUUGCUUCAUGCCGGACUCGCCGCGGUUCCUGAUCACGCGCGGCCGCCACGAGGAGGCGCGUCGAGCGCUGGAGUGGUUCAGAGGACCGGAGUACACCGAGGAGUUCCUACGCAUCCAGCACAGUGUCAACACCCAGGGUCGUAUAGGCUGGGAAGAGUUGCGUCAGCCCUUCUACUACAAGCCCAUCCUGAUCUCUGUGGGGAUGCGCUUCCUGCAGCAGAUGACUGGAAUCACCCCCAUCCUGGUCUACCUGGAGCCCAUCUUCCACCUGACACAGAUCACACUGGAGCCUCAAUAUGAUGCUGCUCUGGUUGGAGCGGUGCGUCUGCUGUCCGUGAUGAUUGCAGCCAGUCUGAUGGACAAGGCUGGCAGGAAGGCCCUCCUCUUCACUUCAGGGUUCCUCAUGUUCCUGUCCAUGCUGACCAUGACCAUGUACACCUACACGCCGCCCAGUCACCACAGCAACAGCAGCACCCCCCUGCUACGCUGGGUUGAGGGUCCCUCUCAGACGACCCCGACCUUUGACCCCAUCACACUCAUCCCUCUGAUUAGCACCAUGGUCAUCAUAUUCGGGUACGCCAUGGGAUGGGGACCAAUCACGUGGCUGCUGAUGUCAGAGGUGCUGCCUCUGGGGGCCCGUGGGAUAGCGUCGGGGGUGUGUGUGGGGGUCAGCUGGCUCACCGCCUUCGUACUCACACAGUUCUUCAUGCACGUGGUGGUGGCGUUUGGGCUGUACGUUCCCUUCCUGUUCUUCAGUGUGGUGUGUGUGGUGAACAUCAUUUUCACCGGUGUGUGUGUCCCUGAGACCAAAGGCCGUUCGCUGGAGGAGAUCGAGAACUACUUCAAAACGGGGCGCUCCUUCACCAUCACUGACACAACUACUGCGCCUCAUGAUUAGGGCUAACUCUAUAGUAUAAUAUCAUUUAUAUAUAUAUAUAUAUAUACAGUAUAUACUAUAAUAUAAUAUAGUAUAGUAUAAUUGUAUUUCUUGUUUUCAUGUCAUGUUUACAAAUGAUGCAGCUUGUCUGACUGAGUUUUCACGGACUUCUCAUGGGUAUUUGCAUGGGAGACAUCGCAGACAUACAGAAAUGUAUAAACUGACAAACUGGGUAAACUGACCAAUGAUGUGCCAGUGAUAGUGUAAUGUCAUUUUUUUUGUACUUGAUUUGAAGAUUAAACCUGCUGAAAGCUUA